AUGGGUUUCCAAUUACCACGAAAUGCCAGAACAAAGACAUCAGAUAUCCCAAAAGGCUAUUUUGCAGUUUAUGUUAGAAAGAACCAGAAGAAACGAUUUGUGGUUCCAAUAUCGUAUCUGAACCAACCUUUGUUUCUGGAUUUGCUGAGUCAGGCUGAAGAAGAAUAUGGACACCAUCAUCCAAUGGGUGGUAUCACAAUUCCUUGCAGUCAAGACACCUUCCUUGAUCUCACUUUAAGCUUAAGUUAUCUAGACACCAUGGGUUUCCGAUUUCCUAAAAUUGCUAGCACAAAGACACCAGAGAUACCAAAGGGAUACUUUGCGGUCUAUGUUGGAGUGAGCCAGAAGAAACGAUUUGUUGUUCCAAUAUCAUAUUUGAACCAACCUUUGUUUCAGGAUUUACUGACUCAAGCUGAAGACGAAUUUGGAUACCAUCAUCCAAUGGGUGGUAUCACAAUUCCUUGCAGCGAAGACACCUUCAUUGAUCUCACUUCCCGCUUAAGUGUGUGAGCAAACACUAACGAAGCAGUUCCUGGAUCCAAAAUAUCCUGAUUUCAAAACUCACUGAUCAGUCAAGAUGAAGAAGCUUCAUUGAUAAUUUGAUCAUUCACAGAAUCGAAUCACUCUUGUGUGGAGGGGAAGCCGGCAUGCUGUACUGCUUCAGUGCUGAAGAGGGCUUUCCAAAUUUUGAAGAAGAAUCAAAUCAUAGCUUAUGAAGCAGGCAAACAUGAACAUUGUAUACACUCUCUAAGC